UGAGUCUUCCCUUUGUUGAAGUCCAAAGAUGAUGAUCGGCGAAGUCCCCACUAGACCAAAUCCCACCAUCCAAGUUCCCCCUUGGGACCCAUACGACGAUACGGCGGCUAUCCUGUCCCCUUCAUACCACGGCCUCAACCUUUCCGGCAACUUCAACGGCAUUGCAAAUGGUCUCGAUUCUCCGGUGGGUUUCCACCUUUACCUGCCGUCAAACGAGUUCAUUUCUCCGAACGAGUCAGACUCAUUGAGUGACGACUCGGACUUGCCAGUGGAUGCAUAUUCGUGCGAUUUCUUUCGCAUGUACGAAUUCAAAGUGCGGAGGUGUGCACGUGGCAGGUCACAUGACUGGACCGAGUGCCCGUACGCCCAUCCGGGGGAGAAGGCCAAAAGACGUGACCCGAGAAAGUACAACUAUUCGGGAACGGCCUGCCCCGAUUAUCGCAAAGGUGGGUGCAAAAAGGGCGACUCGUGCGAGUUUGCUCAUGGUGUCUUCGAGUGUUGGCUUCACCCUGCCAGAUAUCGGACUCAGCCAUGCAAGGAUGGAUUGGAUUGCACCCGCAGGGUUUGUUUCUUCGCUCAUACACUCGAACAGCUUCGUGUUUUCCCACAGCAAAGCCCUAAGGGGAAUGGAAAUGUGUCGAGUGAUUUUGAUCAUGGGUCUCCUGUUCGCCGCCGUUUUGAUUUUGACUCGUAUGGUACUAGCGGCUCAUUUGUUUCUUCGCCGACUUCUAUAUUGACCUCGCCUCCUGGUUCUCCUCCUUCUGACUCACCGCCAACCUCGCCGAGUUGUAAUGGAUCGUUUAACUCUGUGAGUGAACUCGUGGCUUCCAUGCGUGCGUUGCAGUUUGGAAAGGCAAAAAUGGGAAAGGCUCCUGUUUGGGGUGUUGGGUACUUGUCUCCCCGUGGUUCGACGCUUAAACCCGGGUUUUACAGCCUUCCUUCAACUCCGACCCAGACCCGAGUCCGUUCCUUAAACAGUCAAUACGAUCUUUGGGAAAGCCCCUGCCAAGAAGAGCCAUCAAUGGAAAGGGUCGAGUCUGGAAGGGACUUGAGGGCAAAGAUCUACGCUAAACUAAGUAAAGAAAAUUCUCUUGACCGAGUUGAUUCCACCUCGUCGGAUCCUGACGUUGGGUGGAUAUCUGAACUGGUGAAGUGAAUUAUAGAUUCACUUCCGUUUUGAUAAUUUUUUUGUCGGCUAAUCGGCGGCCUUUGAUUCUUCAUCUAACAUUGUGAAUAUGCAGUUGGAAUCUGGAUGUGUAGAUAUCCUGACAGCAAGAAGAGAGGAUAUGUUAUUUCUCCGUUUUGUUGUGCUUUUGUUUCUGUAUAAAGAAGGAUUCAUCAGGCUGCCGUAGAAGGGGUGGCGGUUUGUCAUAAUAUUUCGUCUUCGAAAAUAUUGUCGCAUGUUUAUCCUUAAUUAAUGUAAAUAUAAUUUCCAUUUGUGCAAUUCCUGAAGGAAAAUCUGUGUUUAUCUUCAUAAUAUUCUUUGAAGAAAUUAAUCCAUGGCAUAAUGCUUGUGAUGAUGUAUUGAUUAGGGCUGGACCCAGUUUGAUUUUAUGCAAAUUUGUUUAGUUCAGUUUU